UGGAGCGGCAGCUGGGAUAGCUCCGAGUGGACAGUAGCGGCUGUCGGGGACGGUGUGAGCUUUGUGGCCAUGGUUAGAGCCGGAGCCUCUCAGAGCGCGGCCCUGGGCUGCCUGCUGCUCCUGAUCUGUGCCUCUGGAGUGUUAGGAUUGAAGUGUUUCUGCUCCCACUGUGUUGCAAAUAACUACACCUGUGAGACAGAUGGGCUCUGUGUGACCACUGUCACUCGCACAGAAAAUGGAAUCGUGCGCAGCAAAUUGUGUGUUUCAAGUGUUGACCUGAUACCUCCAGAUAGGCCGUUUCUUUGCGCCCCAUCUGCAAAUGAUGCUGUAUCGAGUCAUUGCUGUGAUUUAAACUUCUGCAACAAUUUUGAUCUUCCUGUGCCAACCAGAGUGACUCCAGCAGAGCCUCCUUGGUUAAAUUUGGGACCCGUGGAAUUAGCAGCAGUCAUCGCUGGACCAGUUUGUGUGGUUUGCAUUUUACUGAUGGUGGCCUUCUAUUUUUUUCAUAAUCGCGCGGUCAUUCAUCAUCGUGUUCCUCAUGAAGAAGAUCCAACCUUAGAUCAUCCUUUCAUUUCCGAGGGUACCACCCUCAAAGAUUUAAUUUAUGACAUGACCACCUCAGGAUCUGGUUCAGGACUGCCUUUACUUGUGCAAAGGACAAUUGCAAGAACAAUUGUAUUGCAAGAAAGUAUAGGGAAAGGCCGGUUUGGAGAAGUCUGGCGAGGGAAGUGGCGAGGUGAAGAAGUUGCAGUAAAAAUUUUCUCUUCUCGUGAAGAAAGGUCAUGGUUUCGUGAAGCAGAAAUUUACCAGACUGUGAUGUUGCGCCAUGAAAAUAUCCUUGGGUUUAUUGCAGCAGAUAACAAAGAUAAUGGGACCUGGACACAGUUGUGGCUAGUAUCAGAUUAUCAUGAACAUGGCUCCCUGUUUGACUACUUGAACAGGUACACCAUUACUGUGGAAGGAAUGAUUAAACUGGCACUUUCCACAGCCAGUGGACUUGCACACUUGCAUAUGGAGAUUGUUGGUACACAAGGAAAACCUGCUAUUGCUCACAGAGACCUGAAAUCAAAAAACAUUUUAGUAAAGAAGAAUGGAACUUGUUGCAUUGCAGAUUUAGGAUUGGCAGUAAGGCAUGAUUCAGCCACAGAUACAAUUGAUAUUGCUCCAAAUCACAGAGUGGGAACAAAAAGAUACAUGGCUCCAGAAGUCCUUGAUGAUUCUAUAAACAUGAAACAUUUUGAGUCUUUUAAAAGGGCAGAUAUCUAUGCUAUGGGCUUGGUUUUCUGGGAAAUUGCACGAAGAUGUUCAGUGGGUGGUAUUCAUGAAGACUAUCAGCUGCCUUACUAUGACCUAGUACCAUCGGACCCUUCAAUUGAAGAAAUGAGGAAGGUGGUGUGUGAGCAGAAGCUAAGGCCAAACAUUCCUAACCGGUGGCAAAGUUGUGAGGCUUUACGUGUAAUGGCGAAAAUCAUGCGUGAAUGUUGGUACGCCAAUGGAGCAGCCAGAUUAACUGCUCUGCGGAUCAAGAAAACGUUAUCUCAGCUCAGCCAACAGGAAGGCAUAAAAAUGUAGAGACAGGUGCAGUCUGGAAAACCAGUUGACAGGAUGAUAACUGCACUUGGAUGCAGUUUUAUGGAAGGGAUUCUUGUUCUACCUCACCGAGGAAGCAGAAGAUGGAUCUCACUGCCUGUACCACCAUAGAAACUGCACCAAAUUUUAUACACUACAUAGGAAAUUUCCAACUUGUCUAGCUCUCUAAUGGACAUGCAGAGCUCAGGCUGUGAGGUCCACUCUGCUUUGAACACCUCCUUCCCAGGACAUUGACGUGAUAUUACGUAGCUUAGUUUUUUUAAUUAACAUUUAACUUGAUAAACAAAGAAGUUUUAUUAUUGGUCUUAACUGUAGAAAAGCUGGAACACUUAAGCCUUUACCAACACUGCCCCAGUGUAUUGGAGAAACUAAUAAUGGGGCUGGUCCCACAAAUGAAUGACAUUUAAGUGCAAGAUACAGUAUUACACACAAUUAAAGGGUACUCUUCAUCCAAGAUUUGGGUAGUAGUUUUACUGCUUAGGAAUUCAGCUAUCAGAUUAUAAUUUUGCUGCCUUGCCGUUUGUUUUUUCACCUUGCGCACUGAAGUCCUAGCUUUGAGUCAGGAGUACUUUACAUUUGGUUUGAAGAUUUGUUCAUUCCACUAUGUAUGAAAUGGCUACAAAAGUAACUCAGAAGCAUAAUUUAGGUACAGUUGUAUAACUAUUACUAUAUUUUUGUUUGGGGGAGUUGGGGGGGAGGAAUUAUGUAACCAUUUCCGAAGCCAGUGCACAUAUCUCGCCCAUAAGUGCCAGAGCUUUUAUAAAACCAUAGCCUGCAUCAUGGACAGUUUCUAUCUAAAAGAUAAUUGGGUUAGGGCCAUAAAUUACUGUUUUUAAUUAAUAGGUACAACUUUAGAUUUCAGUAUUAACUAGAUAAUGUUUGCACUCAGCAUCUUUACAGUUUUCUUUUAAUAUGUAUAAAUGCUGAUUUCUGAGUGCACGCCAGGCACAAACUGCUCUCCUUCAGGAGCACAUGGGAGAGAAUUGUGGAGAGUGCGAUUGCAGUAUUGCAAUGUAGACCUCCACUGGCUGUAUUUUUAGACAGGAGCUGGCAUUCUGAAAACUUAAAGUAGCGUGGAACAUGCUUCAUAACUUUGGCUUCUUGCUGCUAAGGCUCUGCAUGGGGGGAGUAUUUAGUCGUGUAAUUGUCCCAUAUCUCUCAAUUUGGUUCAUGUUGAGGAAUACAAAACUGUUUUUGGGUUACUAGCCUAAAAGCCACCAAGUAUUUUGUCCAUUAAUUUGUAAUGUAGCAAAUUCCUUUCCACAAAAUCCAAAUUGUUAAGCGUUUUCGAAAUUAACACUAAGUUAGUGACAGUAGUCAGAAAGGUGACCUUUAUUAUAAGUAGCCUACAGGGAGCAAUCUUGACGAUCAUUUGCCCAUUUGUCUCCUUAAUCUUAUUUCAGUGAGCAUUAAUGACCCCUAUGACAACUUAUCCAGUGUAUUACAUUUUUUAUGUAUUUUACAUCGUUUUUAAGAUGAAAGCAUUUUACGUUGAUUUCAGUUUAUAGGCGCAAUUAAAAUCUGAUUUGUUUUUAUAAAUUUAAAGUUGAAACAAUAAUAAGUAAAAUGAAUUUUAUAUUAGGAGUGGACUGGAUCUUUAUUUAGCUUUUGAAAAGAUGAUGCAUUUUGCAGGGCAACCAUACCAGUAAGGAAAAAGUUGCUUUAGUGUGAGAUUUUAAUUGAAUGGGAUCAACAUUUAUCCAUAUAAAUGACACUAUCUUUUUUGAGACAUUAUUUCUCCUGAUCGUUUACCUGUUAUUUCUUUGCCCUGCAAAGGUUUCCAUGCAUUUUUUUUAAAUGAAUGAGAUUUUGCUGUUUUGUGGGGUAGAGUUGUUGGCAAGGGGCAGAAUGUCCAGGGAAAAUGAACAUGUUUGUAGUAGCUGUAGAUGUCUUUUUUUCUCUGGCAGUUCUGUUUAUUUUCAGUUGUGAUUUUUCAUAGCUUUGUAUCUUUCAAUGAAAUCUCAAUGGCCUUUGCUCAAGGUGCUGCAUUGCAAUAUAGAUUGGCGGCCUGUUACCUUCCACAAAAUCUGCAGCACAUGCUGCUGUGCCUCUUUAUUUGCACCAAAAUGCCAUAACGAGCCUUAUGAUCUUGCACAGUUAAUAUGUCUGCGACUAGUGAGUUCUGUGAAGCACGUGUAGAUCUGACACAAACUGGCUAUCCGCUGCUUGGUUCUCCUGAAGUACUCAAUUAGCCAAACCCCUGUUCCUUGUCUUUAUUUGAUUCGUAAAGGAAAAUUUGGGUUAGUUCCAAGUGAAAAGACUUAAAACAGCAGUUCACAGCUUUCUGAUGUACUCUAUAGAAAAAGCUGCAUAUAUUGAAAUUAGCAUGUUUAUUUUGUUGAUGUUGAAACCAAAUAUAAGGAUUUGGCAUCCCAGCUUAAAAUAAACUAGGGCAGUAUGUUAGUGAUGAAGAGACUUUCACAAAGCUCAAGUUUGUCACAAUUCAACAAUGUCUUGACGUAAUUCUUUGAAUUCGGCAAAGGUUUAGUAAUGUAAAGCAUUUUGCAUUGCUACUUUAAAAAUUGGAACCACAGUAUAAUUCAUGAGGGUAGUGUAGCUUUUAGUUUAACUUAGUUUAUAUACAAUUAUAUAUUUAAAAAUAAUGCAUAGAACGCAAUGUAGAAAAGUUUUUAAUUCUUUUUUAAUGUCAUUAAACUAUAGUGUGAAGUUUAAUUGCACAGUAACAAACCUGGUAGAAAGAGUGUGUGGACAACUAACCAUAUAGAAAAUGUUGGAUUUAGCUUCUAACCCGAAUAAAUCCAGGUUCUUUCACGGUACUUAAUCUGAAAGUGUGUAGUUUCCUGGCUGGAAAACAGUGUUAUAAAUGCAAGUGGUGAAGGCACUUGAAUGAAGUGGCAAAACUGCUGCUAAACCCAUAGAUGAAAUGUGUAGUUGCUUUGUUUUUAAGAAAUCCCAUCAGUCAUUCCUGUUGUAAGUAAUCACUGAGCAUAUUGUCAUAGGUAUAGUGUAUAGUACAGAAAAACAUCUUUAAUAUAUUAAGAGUUUUGUGUGGUAGGCUUAUGAACACCGUCAAAAAGAGCACCUCCCUGUAAAACCAUAAUAAUUACUCUGUGAUCUGUAGCAUGCUAAAUGUGCAUAUUGGAAGUGCUAGCUUAUUACUAUACAGAAUUUGCCCAGGACGACUCUAGGAAAAUGCAAAUGAUACUGCUGCAUACGUUAUGUUAAUGUUAAAUUCUGAAAUGCUGUUGGAUGAGCUUUUUUGUGUUGAGUGCCAUGACCUACCUUUUCAAGACAGUCCCAUUUUCUAUUACACCUUGCCAUGUGGUCCUUCUGUGAAUCCGGGAUUACAUUUAUUCUACAAUCAAAGCAUACAGUUGAACCUUUUAAAGUAAUUUUGCGUUAAAUUGAAGAUACCUCUGGAAUGACCAAGUUAUAUUUACCUCACUGUGUGUGUGUGUGUGUGUGUGUGUGUGUGUGUGUGUGUGUGUGCGCGUGUGCGCGCGCAUGAGUGUGCGUGCGCGCACGCGUGCUAAUAGUUUCAAUAACUCAGCAGGUUUGCAAAUUCAUUGAUUUUAUAUAAAAUAUGGAUGCUGUAUUAAUUUUGAAAAGCAAAAAUCCUGCAUCUGUCCAUGGUACUGAAGUGUCUUGUGUAUGUGUUGCGCCUGGCUUAUUGUAUACUAGAUAUAUUCCUUUGUACCGUUUGUAUAAAAUUGCUGAUCAGGAAGUAUCUACGCUGCUCUUGCAACGUUUUUCCUCCAGGAGCACAGCUUUGUAGCUGGUGUAUAUGGAAAAAGGGGAGAUACUGGAGUGAGUAAAUAGAGAUUUGUGCAUUCAACAAGUUUUCCUCCUUCCAAAAAUUUCAUAAUCAUAAAUUAUGUAAUACCCCUCCCCUAAGUCUUAAGAUCAUGUAUAGUCUUUGUACAACAUGCACAGUGAAGAUGGUGAUGCUAAAUACUGAAUUAAAUGGCUUAUUGAAAGUAUUGGCAUUGUACAAUGCAUCUAACAAAACCAGAUGAAAAUAAAGUAUUCAUCUUCAUCUUGA